CAUUCAAAUUUACGGAUCCUCUUCGCCUCGCCGCUCUCUCUCUCUCUCUCUCUCUGACUUCUGCCAAAACAAAAUAUACAUACAAGCUCCUGUCUCUAUCGUACGCACCACAAGUCCACAUUUCAGUUCUCAUUCUCUCUCGCAUUCCAAGAAUUCUCCGCUCUGCUUUUCUCUCUCUAUCUCUAUACAGAGGAACAUCUGUAUUGCGUCUACAGAGAGAAGCGGGGUUGAGGAAAAUGGAAGAAGAAAUGGUGGAACAUGCUGCGGAUAAGGAGGAGGUCGAAUACACUUUCACGGCGUAUGAGAUUGAUCUGGACUACGAGUUCGACGCGGCUCGCUUCUUCGACUUCGAGCAUGACGAGUCGCCUGUCCAGGCACGCCAAGCCGAGCUCUGGUUCGAUUCCGCCGGAAGUUAUCCGCCGUCUCCUUUCGUGGCAAAUCUAGUUCCAAGAGAAGGGAUAUUGUUGGAAAACAUUAAUAUCUCCCCCAAAUCUAAAGGUGUGGAGAGCAUGAACUUGUCUGAGAGUGACUCUGAUGUUGAGGCAGGCCAUGAAAUUAUGGCUAUGAACUAUGCUGAUGUUGAAGAAGGGAAAGAUCAGGGAACUUCCUGCACUGUACAUAUUGACAGCCAGAAUCAGAUUCAAAACCGACCCCAAAAUUUACCCUCAGGAUUAACAUUUUACAAUCAUAUGGCAAAUACUGUAAAGUCAGAAACUCAAAGUAAGCUGUCCAUGAAGCCCAUUUAUCCAAGGUCUUCGACUCUUAUGAAGCCAACAGCGAGUCAAUUAGCCAAGCAAAAUCGUCCUUUUCCGGCUGGUCCUUCUAGGUCAAAUAUACGUGUCUUUGAGAAGACAUCUAAAAGCUCAGCUACUGGUUGUGUGAUUGAAAAUCAAGCAGCUAAAAGACAAAAACUCGAAGGUGGUCUUCUGCGGAAGGUUGCGGGGGCUGUUCAGCUGCAGGAGACUAAUUUUGUUCAUAAGGCGCCGAAGCGGGAUGGAAUCCUAGAUUGUCCAAGACAAACUAAGCCAAGGAUCACUAUUCCUAGAGAUCAACAUCUUGAGACUGCACGCAGGGCCCAAAGAUUAAGAUCAAAUAGCAAUAAAGAUGAAAAAGACACUUCAGCUGUUGGUAGAUUCAAAGCUCUCCCACUAAAUAGAAAAAUUCUUGAAGCCCCAUCUUUGCUCCCAAAGAGAAGCAUCCCUCAUCAACCAGCUUUUCAAGAAUUCCACUUGAAAACUUUAGAGAGGGCUGCACAACAUGGCUCAGCCGCUUUCAAAUCCACAGGCCUUUCCAAUCAUUCUGAUAAGGGCUUGCACAAAUACACAUCUAACAUAACUAAAGAUUGUGGAAAUGAGGUACCUGGAAGAUACAGCACUGUGUGUACUGCCUCUAGGGCAGAUGCUAGCCAGUCAUCUCAGCAGUGCUUUAAAGCUCUUCCCCUCAAUAAGAAGAUAUUGACAAGCAAAGGUGACAUUGGAAUUUUCAGGAAUAGUAAGAAGGAAACUACAGUGCCAAUGGAAUUCAAUUUCCAAACAGAGAAGAGAUGCCAUGAUAAUCCUCUUACCGGACUAUUCAACAAGCUCUCACUGGCAGCAUCUGAGGCACAAGUUACUAAUUUUGAGUCUAGAGUGCCGUGCUCUAUCAGCACACAUGCAAAGGGCUCAAAAGAGAACGGAUGGGGUAGCUUCCAGCAAGGAAAUCAGAUAAAACCACCUGCAAAACUGAAACCGCCUUUGCUGGAAGGGAAGAUGCAAUUUAGUGGCAGCCACCUAAAAAAUGAAGUCAUUAGCUGGAGUAAACCCAUUCGGUGAAGUGUUGAGAUGGGAGCUUACAGACUGACAGACAGACGUCGAUCGAUCAAUCAAUCUUCCGGAUUUAGCCUUUUGAUCGAGGCUGACAAAUCCUUUCUGGGAAUUUGACAAGUACAUAUUGUGGUCAUGAAUAUCAUGGUAUUUGGUAUAUAUCCCAAGGCUAGGAAUCCCCUAACUAUAGAAGUCAAUUUUAUACUCACAAAAUGUUAUAAUUUUGUCAUAGGUUGCAUCGCCAAUGGUUGAAUGCACAGUCUAAAUGUAAUUUUCUGUCAAUUUAUAAAUAAAAUUUUGCAGGCCAAAAUUGUAUAGCCAGGAUAUUUGUGUUCCGUACAUUGCAUAUUUCUUGCUAUUAAGAUUAUAUUUGCUGUCA